CGCAGCGUCAGCGUCGCCACCUCCGCGGCCUUUGGUGCGCAUGCACGCGGGUGAGAGGUCGUCAAGAUGGCUGCGGCCUCCUCAGAGGACGAGGCGCCGGAGAACGAGGACUAUUACGCGCUGCUCAACGUCCGGAGGGAGGCCUCUCAGGAAGAGCUGAAAGCUGCCUACCGUCGGCUGUGCAUGUUGUACCAUCCCGACAAGCACAGGGACCCCGAGCUCAAGAGACAAGCGGAGCAGCUUUUCAACCUCCUUCAUCAGGCUUAUGAAGUGCUCAGUGACCCACAAACGCGAGCCAUCUAUGACAUUUAUGGAAAGAGAGGCCUUGAAAUGGAAGGAUGGGAGGUGGUGGAGAGGCGGAGGACGCCUGCUGAAAUCAGGGAGGAAUUUGAACGUUUGCAGAGAGAGAGGGAGGAGAGGAGACUUCAGCAGCGGACUAACCCCAAGGGGACAAUUAGUGUAGGAAUAGAUGCCACCGACCUCUUUGAUCGCUAUGAUGAGGAGUACGAAGAUGUGCCAGGGAGCAGCUUUCCCCGUGUUGAAAUUAACAAGAUGCACAUAUCCCAGUCUAUUGAGGCCCCUCUGACUGCCACAGAUACGGCAAUCCUGUCAGGAAACCUGUCAACCCAGAAUGGGAACGGAGGUGGUUCUGUGAACUUGGCUCUCAGGCGUGUGACCUCUGCCAAAGGCUGGGGAGAGCUAGAGUUUGGAGCCGGUGACCUCCAGGGGCCUUUGCUGGGUCUGAAAGUGUUCCGGAAUCUCACACAAAGAUGCUUCAUCACAACCAACUGUGCCCUGCAGUUCUCCUCCCGUGGGAUCCGGCCAGGCCUGACAACAGUCCUGGCACGGAAUCUGGACAAGAACACCAUGGGCUACUUGCAGUGGCGCUGGGGCAUCCAGUCUGCCAUGAAUACGAGCAUUGUCCGGGAUACCAAAACCAGCCACUUCACCAUGGCCUUCCAGCUGGGCAUUCCCCACUCCUUCAUGAUGGUCAGUUACCAGCACAAGUUUCAGGAUGAGGAUCAGACGCGAGUGAAAGGGUCCCUCAAGGCUGGUUUUUUUGGGACUAUUGUGGAAUACGGGGCAGAGCGGAAGAUCUCUCGGCAUAGCAUCCUUGGGGCCACGGUCAGCGUUGGGGUUCCCCAGGGAGUCUCUCUGAAGAUCAAGCUGAAUAGGGCUAGCCAGACCUACUUCUUCCCCAUCCACUUGACGGACCAGCUCCUACCCAGUGCUGUCUUCUAUGCCACGGCAGGGCCCCUAGUCAUCUAUUUUGCCAUGCACCGGCUCAUCAUCCGGCCCUAUCUGAGGGCACAAAAGGAGAAAGAGUUGGAGAAACAGCGAGAGAGCAGUGCUAGUGACAUCUUGCAGAAAAAGCAGGAAGCAGAAGCUGCUGUGCGGUUGAUGCAGGAGUCUGUCCGGAGGAUAAUUGAGGCCGAAGAAGCCAGGAUGGGCCUGAUUGUGGUGAACGCCUGGUAUGGGAAGUUUGUCAACGACCAGAGUAAGAGGAACGAGAAAGUAAAGGUCAUAGACGUGACAGUGCCCCUCCAGUGCCUGGUGAAGGACUCCAAACUGAUUCUCACGGAAGCAUCUAAAGCUGGCCUGCCAGGGUUCUAUGACCCUUGCAUCGGGGAGGAGAAGAGCCUGAAGGUGCUCUACCAGUUUCGUGGAGUCCUACAUCAAGUGAUGUCAUCUGACAACGAGGCCCUUCGGAUACCAAAGCAAUCUCAUCGAAUUGACGCAGACAGCUAAUCCUGAGGGAGAGGUGCAGCAAGUUUUGGGGUUGUGUACCAGGGGGUGAUGAACCGAUAGAAACAGCACCCAUCUUUCCUCCCUGGAUCGAAUUGCGUCUUUGGAUCGACCGAGACACUUUAUGAACUGCAGAGAAGGUGGUUUUACACCGAUUAUGUUGUGGGACAAAAAGGAGAGGAAGUGGUUUUGACAAGAUGGUGACCCAAGGACAACGCAGGCAGCACCCGGGAAGGGGGCCAGGCCCAUCCAGCCAUGAGCCCAUGAGGGGACGACAGGGGAGGCCAGAAGGGGAAGCGAAUGUAAUGGAAUGGCUGUUCCUAUUCUUGUAGGGUUUGGGCUGCUUUGGCUGGAAAAAAUGUCAGAUGGGGAGAAGUUGAAUCAGGCACCCACCUUUGCCAUCUCCUCUGGGCAUGCCCUGUUGCCAGCUGGCCAUGCAGAGAGUGUGGCAUUUGCAGGCGUUCCAAAUCAAAAAUGGACUUCAGAGGUUGGCUGCCAGCCUGUCUUUGAAUCUCUCAGCCCCUUCCAACCAUGGUGUCUCCAGCACCUGUUACUGCUGAAGGGAGAUUGGGAGUGUGUGUGUGUGAUGUACGUGUGAUGUGUUAACCAAAAGUGGUCUCUCUGUCGCAUUGUCCCUUUUCCGAGCAGGACAGGAAUCUUGCUUGGAAGCGAGCUAAAAUUAACCACCCAGGUUAUUUGACCCAAAAAAGUGGAAAGGAUGUGAGUAGAGAGGGCAAAUGGAAACAACACAAGAGCACCCAAAUCAGAAAGGUUCAGGUAAGAGUUGCUCUGUGUCAGUAUUAACAUUCUGUUCUGACAGCACCUAUGGGUGCUGCUGGUCCUUGGGAAGCAGCAGCGGUGGAGGCCUGCAGGCGCGCCUCUCAUUCGCUUCUGUCCUUGGCGGCAGCAGCAUUCAAGUGGCUGUGGAAGAGGAAGAGCAGGAAGCUCUGGGUUUGCUCUUGGUCAGUCUUCAGAGUGCCUUCCUUAACUUUAUGCAAGGUCUCCUGGCACACGGGGAGGAGGGGUGCACACAGCAAGGCAGGUGCUGUAGCAACUGAGAAUUCUCAAAACACACACACAGCACAUUCACAGCCCACCCCAUCUUCUUUUUGUAUUAACUGCUAUCUUCUUAAUUUUUUAUUUUUACUUUUAUUUUUUGGAUCCAGAUUAUGAUCCUCAGCCUGUUCUCAAACUGGCAGUCCAUUAGUCAUCUCCCUGUGCAAAAUGAUCAGGGGUGCCAAGGUGCCCAGGCAUUGCCAGUUGCACCUCUCCUUUCUCCUUAAAAUGAGGUGCCGUGUCUCCCUCUCACCUCCAUUCUUUGGCUGAAUUAAUCAUUUCUUCUUGCCUUGACCCAAACUGUGUGCCGAACAUGUCCAUUUCUUUCAUUAGCCAAAUAGUAAAGGUUUUCAUUCAUGUCAGUUUGCCUGGACACACCCCGUUACUGUUCCAGGUGGGUACUGUCCCAAGCUUCCUUUAAUGCUGAUGAAAUAAAAAUAACUCUGUAUGGUUAUAAUAAUGGUAAUACUCAUCCUAAUCCCUCUUGGAAAAACUCUGCAUUCUGGUUUGAUACCCACAAUAGUAUCAGGAGCAAAAUUGAGAGAGGCUGCUUUGUUCGGAGUGUUGUUUCAGGGCAAAACCCAACCCCACUUGAUCCUGCAGCUUUUGAGCCGGCAGUGGUGCUCUUCCCCACUCCAGUCGCCUGCCCCAUCUGGCUAGGGUCCUUGUUAUGCGCGGGAGCCACUGAUGAGGGUGCUGGGGUCUCCGUUGUCUCCCAUAACAAAUAAGGACAAUAAAGUGACCCAUUUGGAAGAAGA